AUGCUCUUUCAUUUUAGAAAUAUUAUUUUCGCUACUCUUGCUGUACAAUUUACUUCUGCCGAUAGCAACAACGUUUGUCCCACCUUCGAUGACUAUGAAACCAUUGAAAUCAAUCCAAAGUGCUCCUACAAUCCUGAUGUUUCAGGAAAUAUAACAGAAAUGGUAACUCACCAUGGAUUCAACAUAGAAUCUCACACGGUAACUACAUGGGAUGGUUACAUUUUAGAAAUUGUUCGCAUCCCUUCAUCCACCAACGGUACAUGUGACAAUUCAGUACCCAAACAACCCAUGUUGUUCGUCAAUGGAAUCGGACGAGACGCCAGAUGUUGGCUACUCAUGGGCACACGGUCUCCCGCCCUCUAUUAUGCAUCAAAAUGUUACGAUGUUUGGUUAGCAAACAUCAGAGGUUCUGCUUAUAGCAAACAUCAAACUUAUAAUCCUUACAGCAAGGAAUUCUGGGACUUUAGCUUCCACGAACAAGCCACCAUUGACAUACCUGCAAUUAUAGACACCAUAGCAAACGUUAGUGGUCAACCGGGUAAAUUAAUUUACGUGGGCCACUCUAUGGGUACAACCAUAUCGUACAUCUAUGCUUCUGUGAAUAGGACUCACUGUAAGAACAAUGUGAAGGCUAUAAUUUCACUGGCACCAAUCGCAAAUCUCAAUAAAUUCGAAGUACCGUUUAUGCAUUUCUUGGCGCUCAAUAGCCAAAUUAUCAAGGAUACUUUGUUUUUGGUAAAAAUUUACUGGUGUCAGUUACAACCAAUUUUAAGCUUGUGUACUGGUUUCCCAUUAAUAGAUGCGUGUGAUUACUUCCUACAAUUUUUUGCAGGCAAUAGUGACCCCAAUAAUUACCCCGAAGUCUUACCCGUUUUAACGGCUAAUGGAAGUUCACCAAUGUCCAUAAAAUCUUUAAUGCAUUAUGCGCAAAUCUGUAACAGACAAGGGAUAUUUGCUUGGUAUGAUUAUGGAAUUACGCAAAAUUUAGCUCGGUACAACUCAAUAUUACCACCACUAUAUGAGGUGGGCAAGAUACCAGUAAAUGUUGAUCUAAUUUGGGCCAAUGAUGAUAAAUUCUCUGUAAAGGAUGACGUCGCAGUUUUAUAUAAUAAUCUGCCAAAUGGUCUAAAAUCGAUCGCUGAAGUUCCGGCAAAUUCAAGCCAAAGUAUGAACCACGUGGAUUUUAUAACUAAUCCAAAUAUUGAAGAAAUUUAUAACAAUAUGAACACAAAGUUGGAAAAAUAUAAAAACUGAUUUUUUUUAUCGUUAAAAUAUCAUUUAAUAAAAAACUAAAGAAUAAUA